AUGUAUUUUUUAAAUAAUUUUUCUGACAAAAAUGAUUUUAAAUUGGAAUUUAGAAAACAAUUAGAUAAAAAAAUAAAUGAAUAUAUAAAAAAUAAAAUAAUUUCAGAGGAAUUAUUACAAGAAGAAAAACAUACUUUUAAAAAUAUUCACAUAAAAUUUAACAAAGAAUUAAUAAAAAAUUUUAAUGAAAACUUUCUUUUAGAUAUAUUGAAUAUUAACAAUAAAUUAAAAUUAUGUUAUGAUGUAAAAUAUAAUAUUAUAUAUAGUGUUUUAUUAAAAAGAAAAUAUAUAAAAAAUAAUAGUAGCAAAUAUAUAAAAGUUACUAACAAUAUAUAUAAAAUAAAAAAAAAAAACAUAUCCUAUUUUAUAAAUGAAUUUCUUUUAAUAAAAUGUAUACAUUCAGGAGAAUAUGGAAGUAUAUAUUAUUGUAAAAAUGUUUUAGAAAAUAAAAAAUAUUGUUUGAAAGUUUUUCACUUAGAAUUAUGCUUAAAAAAAAAUUGUCCUUAUUAUAUUAAUAAUGAAGUUUAUUUAACUAAUUAUUUUCAUAAAAUAUUAAAUGAAAUUUUCUUUUUAAAUUAUUUGGAGAAUAAAAACAUAAUUAAGAUUAAAAACAUAUUAUUUGACAAAAAAAAAAAAAUUUUAUUUCUUAUAUUCCCAUAUGUGAAAUAUCAAUCCAUGUAUUAUAAAAAUAAGUACGGUCUUUAUUCCAUUUAUAAAAAAGUAGUAAGAUUUAACAAAUACGUAAAGAUAUUUCUAUAUUCAGAAAAAUUUAUUCGUUUAUUAUUUUUAAAUAUUUAUAAUACCCUUACUUAUUUAUUAGAAAAAAAUGUAGCAUAUCUAGACUUAAAACCAGAUAACCUACUUUUAACUACAAGAUUAAAAAAGGAAAUUAUUCCUUUCACAUUAAAAUUAAAAAAAAAGAAGAAAAAAAAAUAUAUUAAAGAAAAUUCGUUAGAAAAAAAUAUAGAAUUACAAAAAUUAGAAUUAAAUAUCUGUAAAAAAUUAAACAAAAAUCAAAAUAAAUAUGAUAAAACGAUUAUUUACAAUAACGAUUUUAUUUCUAGAAAAAAAAAAAAAAAAAAUUCUUGUUUUUUUAAAAAAUUAAAUUUAAAGAAAUUGAAAAAUAAGAAAAUUAAAUAUAUAUAUGACAUUAAUUUAUCUACAUGUUUUUUAUAUGAUAAAAACGUGAAAAGAAUUUUUUUUGUAGAAAACAAGUUAGUUGAUAUUUUUUUUUCAUCUAACGAUUCUAAUGUAUUUAUUCAAACGUUUAUUCAAAAAAGUAAAAAUUCACAAAUUCUGAACUUGAGUAAAGAGGCUAGAUAUAAAAAAAAUAAAAGAAAUAUAAAAAAGAAAAUUAAAAAAGGAAAUGAAUGUUUAAACAAAUAUAACAUAAACAAAAUAAGAAAUCUGUCUAUUUUUAAAUAUAAUAAGAAAAAUGAUAUUAAUUUUUUAAAAUUUUAUUGGUUAUAUUUUAAUGAAGAGAGGAAAUUUAAUGAUAUUUUAUUUUAUGUAGAUAUAUAUUUUAUAAAUAAAUAUUUGUAUAAAAAAAAUCAUAUAUCAAUAAUGAAUCAAAAGAUGAAAAUAAACAAUGAAAUGAGUAAUCAAGAAACUGAAAAAAAAAUCAAUAGUGAAAAUAAUCAAAAAAAAAUAAAUAAUUGUGAUAAUGAAAUAGGGAUACAUAAAAAAAACAAAGAAGGAGAAUUUCUUUAUCCUAAUGAUGAAAUUAAUAAAAGGAACCUUAUGCAAUUAGUAGAUUUUGAUACAUGUGCUUUCAUUCUAAAUAAUAAUAAUUCAUAUACUGAAGGAACAAAUAUUUUUAAUUCCUUUGAGUGUUUAUUUAAUUUUACUAACAAAAACAUUCAAUUUUCAAAAAAGUUAUCUUACAACUUUGGUUCGGUUUUAUAUACAUUCUUAUAUGGAAGAACACCAUAUUAUGGAGAAGAUAUAUUUGAAAUUUAUGAUAAUAUGAAAAAAAACAAGUUAAUAUUCCCAAAAUAUAGGAAAGUUAAUAAAGUUUUAAAAAAUUUAUUAAGAAAAUUACUAAAUAAUAAUCCUGAUAAUAGAAUGCAAUUUAAAAUCAUAAAACAACAUAAGUGGUUUACAAAUAUUAAAUAA